AUGCAUCUGCAAUUUCUCACAGCCCUCGCUCUCGCCCUCCCCGUCACCUCCCGCAUUGCUGGCAAUGCAGGCUGUUUCAACGACGCCGGCUCUCUCCAGGACCAAGGUUCCCACUCGUACCAAUCCCCAGGCUACUGUCUAGCCCAAUGCCAUAAGAACGGCUCCAUGGUCGCCGCCCUGACCCGCGGCUCGCACUGCUACUGCGGUAACGAGAAGCCGCCGCAGUCCGCCAAGGUGGACGACGAGCAGUGCAACAUGAGGUGUGUGGGCUGGCCGAGGGUGAUGUGCGGCGGCCACAAUGCCUUCACCGUCAUCGCCCCCGACAACAUCACCGGCGAAGAAGAAACCCCCGAAUCCGCAUCCUCCAACCCCUCCCCAACAGCCGUCCCCUCCGCCUCCACCGCUGUCGGCGGCAUCCUUGUCGCCUCCACUGACCCCAAUGAAGCCUCCAUGCCCGCCGGCAUCGUGACCGCGCCCGCGUCCAUGGUCGCCAAGGCGAGCGCGUCGCUCAUCGCUGGCAAGUCUGCCGCGGCGGCGUCGCAGGCUGUGCCGACGGCUGGGUCGGGUGGCGUCGAGGCGAGCUCGUCGCCGUCGCCGACGCCGUCGGUUAAUGCGGCGCACCAGCUGCAUGCCGGGUCAUCGGUUGUGGGGUUUCUUGUUUUGGGGCUGGCCCUGCUUCUGUGA